AUGCACGCCAACCAGAUCGUAGGCGCUGUCUCGUCGGCCCAGGACGCUGUCGGCGAUAUUAAGGACGCCAACGUAAAGACUGCUGCAGCGGCUGGCCUCAAGCAGGCUAGCGACGCGAUCGGGAACAUUGGCGGGGCUCUGAUCUCCGGCCAGAAAGCGGCGGCAGAGGACCGCGCGAGCGUUGGGACCGGCCUUCAGGCAACCGGCGCGGCUCUGCAAGGGGGCGACCAGUACGCCCUUCUCAAUAAACCAUAA